UAGGUUGCAGACACAGCUUGGAUCCAGCGUUGCUGUGGCUGUGGUGUAGGCUGGCGGCUACAGCUCUGAUUAGAACCCUAGCCUGGGAACCUCCAUAUGCCACGGCUGCGGCCCUAAAAAAUGACCAAAGAAGACAAAAAGGAAAAAGGUAAAAAACCUAAGGAAAGUGAGGGAGUGGCCAGAGCUGUCCAGGUAGAAGUACAAUCGUAAAUGUGUGCCUUCUCCUCUUAAACUGGAAGCUACAAAGACUACACGAAGACUAAUCAGAGGGGACGUUAGAAGGAGGUGAGGUUUGAGGAGUAUUUAGGGGCCAGAUGGGAUGGGACUUUUCCUUUAGUUUUUAUUCUGACUUAAUGGAAAUAGUUUGAGCAGGAGAAUAUCAUGAUUUGACUUUUUUUUUUUUUUUUUUUUUUUUAGGGCCACACCUGUGGCAUAUGGAAGAUCCCUGGCUAGGGGUCGAAUUAGAGCUAUAGCCAGUGGCCUACACCACAACCACAGCAACUCGGGAUCUGAGUUGCAUCUGUGACCUAUACCACAGCUCCCAGAAACAUUGGAUCCUUAACACACUGAGUGAAGCCAGUGCAUCUUCAUAGAUACUAGUAGGGUUCUUAACCUGCUGAGCCACAACGGGAACUCCUUGGUUUUUGUUGUUGUUGUUGUUGUUUUUCUUUUUAGGGCCACACCCACGGCAUAUGGAGGUUCCUAGGCUAGGGGUCAAAUCAGAGCUGCAGCUGCCAGCCUAUGCCACAGCCACAGCAACACAGGAUCUGAGCCGCAUCUGCACCCUACACCACAGUUCAUGGCAACGCCAGAUCCUUAACCCACUGAACAAGGCCAAGUAUUGAACCUGUGUCCUCAAGAAUGCUAGUCAGAUUUGUUAACCACUGAGCCACGAUAGAAACUCCCCUGGUUUAACAUUUUUAAUAGAAUUACUCUGGCUGCUGUGUUGAGACUAGAUAGGGAAUGAGGUGGGAGCAAGAAACCAAGGUUGUUACCAUAGUCCAGGUGAGAAAUGAUGAGAGAUUCAGACCAGGUGGUCAUGGCAGAGGUAAUAGGAAGUCACAUUCUGGUUAUGUUUUAAAGGCUAUGGAUGAGGGGUGGAGACAGAGGGACCUGAAUUUUUCUACGACUGCUGUAACAAAUCACCACCAGCUUGGUGCUUAAAACAACAAAAAUGUAUUCUUUCAAAUGCAAAAGUCCAAAAUCAAAGCCCACCCCUGCUUUUUAUUUCUUCGGGUUUUUUGUUUGUUUUGUUUUUCGUUUUUCCUUUACCUCUUUCAGCUUGCAGGGUUGCUGUUGGCAUAAUUUGGGUUGUGGUUACUCACUCCAGUCUCUGAUUCCAUCUUCACAUGGACUUCUGUGUUUCAUGCAUCUCUUAUAAGGACACUUGUCAUUGGAUUUAGGUUCUACUUGGGUAAUCCAGGGAAAUCUCAGAUCCUUAAUUACACCUUUAAAUACUACCCCCCCCCCAAAUCAGGUCAUGCCGCAGGUCCCAGGAUAUGGACAUAUAUUUUGGCUAUUCAACCCACUACAGGAAUCAAGAAUGAUUCCAAAGCUUUUGGGCUUAGCAACCAAAAGAAUGAAGUUUGCAUGAACAAAGGAAAAGGCCAUGAAAGAGCACGUUGAAAAUGGAGGUAGGAGUUCUCUAGUGGCACAGCUGGCUAAGGGUCCAGCAAUGUCAUUGCUGUGGCUGGGGUCGCUGCUGUGGCCUGGGUUCCAUCCUGGCCCAGGAACUUCUGCAAGCCAUGGGUGGGGCCAAAAAAGAAAAAAAAUGGGGGGAAAGUUCUGGGUAGAUCUUAAUGUGUUGAGAUGGAGCUAGUGCUUGGUAUGGUGUCCCACCCUCCUCAGGCUCUACAGCGCAGUUUUUUUGCUUAUCUUUCGGUACUAAGUUCAGUGGCCAAGGGAUCAUUAGGUGGGUCCAACAUGGCGGCACCCUGCUGCUGGCCGAACCUCAAAGAUGGCCGCAGCCACUGGGGGCAGACAUGAUUGUGCCACGUGACCCAGGCCAGGGCCCAGAGGCGGUGGAACGUGACGCACGUUUGAGGCGGGGCCGCUCCCCCGCACCCCUGGCGUCGAGCGUCUCGUGACAGGUACUUCCGCUUGGGGCGGCGGCGGUGGCGGAAGUGGGAGCGGAGCCCGAGUCUUGGCCAUAAAGCCCGAGGCGGCGGCGGUGGCGGCGCUGGAAGCUUGGACAGGCUGAGGAUCCCGCUGCAAUCGGAACUUGGACUUUCUUCCGCCCUCGUCUUCCCUCCGUCUCCUCCCCGGCAGACCCCUACCGACACGCCUGGCCCGGAGCCCAGCGGAGCGGCCGCGUUUGAAGGAUGACCUCUAGGAAGAAAGUGUUGCUGAAGGUUAUCAUCCUGGGAGAUUCUGGAGUUGGUAAGACUUCACUCAUGAACCAGUAUGUGAACAAGAAGUUCAGUAAUCAGUACAAAGCGACAAUAGGAGCAGACUUCCUGACGAAGGAGGUGAUGGUGGAUGACAGACUAGUCACAAUGCAGAUCUGGGACACAGCCGGACAGGAACGGUUCCAGUCUCUUGGCGUGGCCUUCUACAGAGGCGCAGACUGCUGCGUUCUGGUGUUUGAUGUGACUGCCCCCAACACAUUCAAAACCCUGGAUAGCUGGAGAGAUGAGUUUCUCAUCCAGGCCAGUCCCCGGGAUCCCGAAAACUUCCCCUUUGUUGUGUUGGGAAACAAGAUCGACCUCGAAAACAGACAGGUGGCCACGAAGCGGGCGCAGGCCUGGUGCUACAGCAAAAACAACAUUCCCUACUUUGAGACCAGCGCCAAGGAGGCCAUCAAUGUGGAGCAAGCCUUCCAGACGAUCGCUCGGAACGCGCUGAAGCAGGAGACGGAGGUGGAGCUCUACAAUGAAUUCCCUGAACCCAUCAAACUGGACAAGAACGACCGGGCCAAGCCCCCGGCGGAAACCUGCAGUUGCUGAAGCGACAGUGAGCAGAGCACAGAGUCCUUCACGAUCCAAGAACACACUUAGGCCUUCCACCACACGCCCUCCUUCCCCAGAGUCAUCUCUCCUUUCCAGCUGCCAAGAGAAACCCCACCCUACUACACCCUCACCCUGCACACACACACACACACACACACACACACACAUACAUACCUGACACAGACUCCACGGCACAGGCCCGAGGCGGCUCCAUCAGCGUCCCCACAGCAGCCCUCUUGUGGCAGCAGGAUGGGCCAGCUGUAGAAACCCCUCCGGUGUGGAGUCGGCAUCAGAAGCUUCCUUUUUGUCCACUGGAGAGAGAGAACUGUUUACAGUUAAUCUGUGUCUAAUUAGUUACCUGAUUUUUUUAACCGUCUUGUGGUCUUUUUACCCCCACCCGUCCCCUCCUGUGAAGGCUCCACUUGGGAAGGCUGGUGCCCCAUGCUCAUUACAGGCUCACACCCAGUCUGUCAGGCUGAGUUUUGUAUGUAUCUGUUAAUGCUUGUUACUUUUAACUAAUCAGAUCUUUUUACAGUAUCCAUUUAUUAUGUAAUGCUUCUUAGAAAAGAACCUUAUAGUACAUGUUAAUAUAUGCAACCAAUUAAAAUGUAUAAAUUAGUGUAAGAAAUUCUUGGAUUAUGUGUUUAAGUCCUGUAAUGCAGGUGUAAAGAUGGAGGGUUGAGCCCUGUCUGGAUUACAGAGUGUUUAGCAACUCCGAAUUCAGAAAUCCAGCUGGAGGCAGUAUUCUGUACAGUAGACAUGAGAAUUAUGUACGCCUUUUAUCAAAGACUUAAGAGCCAAAAAGCUUUUCAUCUCUCCAGGGGGAAAACUGUCCAGUUCCUUCUGUAUCUAAAUUUUCCACAAGGUUGAUUUGCAUAAUACAGUGUGUGUGCAAUGGAGAAAUGACUGUUGUUUGUUUUGGAACUUAAAACUCCCAUUUUCCUUUUUCCCCACCCUGCUCCACGCUUUGAAACUCCCCUAUUAGAUCAGUGUCCCACCUACACGCGGGAAAGGAAAGUCCUAACAGAUCUGUCCUGGUGAUCUUACCUUUGUUCUAGAAGGCGCUCCUUUCAGGGUUGUGGUCCUUAGGUUAGCAAACCCUUCUUUUCCCCACCGCCUCCCAGUAUUGCCCGCCAGGAUUACCCUGUUUCUUUGGUGUGGAGCCGGGCAGUUCUGGCCUCCCUGGGAUCCGCCCCUGCGUUGUAGCUUGCUUAACGGAGCACGUCCCUUCUCCAUGGGCCUGCAUUCAAGGGUGUGGGCCAGGUUCUUCUGUAAAGAGAUGAACGUGAUGCCAAUAAAAUGUAACAAGAACAA